UUUCCCUCUCCAGGAACAUCAGGAGACACGGGGGGGUCGGCCAUCCAAAGUGCGAAGGGUCUCAGAGGACUGGACGUUCUGGUGGUUUUUCCUCGAGGACGCAUCACUCCAGUCCAGGAAAAACACAUGAUCACCUGCCUGGAGGACAACGUGCACGUGUUUGCAGCUGACGGCAGCUCAGACGACAUCGACCAGCCUCUGCGUCGCCUUUUUGCCGACCAGGACUUGGUCCGAGCUCACGGCCUCAUGAGCCUGAACUCUGUGAACUGGUCCAGAGUCAUGGUGCAGCUCGCUCACUUUAUCUACGCCUACCUGCAGCUCAGCGGGGUGAAGCAGGCGGGGGGAGAUCUGCCUGAACUGGAGGUGGUGGUUCCUACUGGGGGGGCGGGCAACAUCGCAG